UCCCUCACACCGAGCCGUUGCCCCGCCCUCGCCGCUGCCAUGGCGGCAGCUCCGCCGCUCUCCAAAGCUGAGUAUCUGAAGCGUUACUUAUCUGGGGCAGAUGCCGGCUCCGAAGGAGGUCCAGAGUCGGUUCGGAAGCGGCGCAAAAAACGGCCGAAGCCGGGAGGCGCCGGUGGCAAGGGAAUGCGGAUUGUUGAUGAUGAUGUGGGCUGGGCAGCUAUCUCUACCACUAAGCCGGAAAAAGAAGAGGAAGAAGAUGGAGAUUUGCCUGUGGUGGCUGAGUUUGUGGAUGAACGUCCAGAAGAGGUAAAGCAGAUGGAGGCCUUCCGCUCCAGUGCCAAAUGGAAGCUUCUGGGAGACCACAGUGAAGAUGGACAUUUCCAUCAUGAUGACCAAGAUCCAUCUCCUCCUAGGAGGGCCUGUCGUAACACUCCAGAUCCAUCUCCUCCUAGGAGGACCCGUCAUGACACCCCGGAUCCAUCUCCUUCCAGGAGGACCCGUCAUAAUACACCAGAUCCAUCUCCUCCUAGGAGGGCCCGUCAUGACACCCUGGAUCCAGCUCCUCCCAGGAGGACCCGUCAUGACACCCUGGAUCCAGCUCCUCCCAGGAGGACCCGUCAUGAUACACCAGAUCCAUCUCCUCCUAGGAGGGCCCAUCAUGAUACCCCAGAUCUGUCUCCUCCCAGAAGGACCCGUCAUGAUACCCCGGAUCCCUCUCCUCCAAGGCGAUCCCAUCAUGACUCAAACACAUCUCCUCCCAGAAGGGUCCGCCAUGACUCAGAUGCUUCUCUCCUCAGGAAGUCUCAUCAUAAUUCUUCAGGUGUAUCUCCUAGGAGAGGUCACCAUGGUUCUUCAGGUAUCUCUUCCCCCAGCAGGGCCCAUAAUCACUCCCCAGACACAGCCCAACAUAGGAGAACUGUUGAUGCUUCAGACCCACAGCAUCUCAGGAGGCCCCAUCAUGACUCCCCUGAUUUGGAACUGCCCAGAACCAAAAGUAGUAAAGCUACAGAAAGAUCCUGUAGCAAGACUGUAUACCAGAGGGGCCAGGGAUCCUCUCACCCAUCAGUCUCCAAGAACAGCAAGUAUGGCCGUGACUCAGACCUUUCUCCACGGAAACGGCAAGCAAAAGCUCAUGUUGGAGCUAAGAAGCAGCUUGAUCCUAAAGGUGUCUGCCAAAAAGCCUCCGAUUCAGAUCUUUCUCCUCCACGCCAAAAACAAAAUUCAGGACACCAGGAUUCUGAUUCAGAUCUAUCACCACCACGGAAUAGACAGAGACAUCAGAGCUCUGACUCUGACCUCUCUCCACCCCGGAGAAGACAGAGAACCAAAUCUUCUGAUUCUGAUCUCUCUCCUCCUCGAAGGAGUCCCCGUCCUGGGAAGAAGACUGCACACAUGUAUUCCGGAGCGAAAACUGGGUUGGUUACUGAUGUUCAGCAGGAGCAGCAAGAGCUCAAGAAACAGGACCAAGACAUCACAGCCCUUGGAGCUCAGUUUGAAUUCGCUGAAACUGUAUUUCGAGACAAGUCAGGUCGGAAGAGGAAUUUGAAGCUGGAGCGCCUGGAACAGAGGAGAAAAGCAGAGAAGGACUCAGAGCGAGAUGAGCUAUAUGCGCAGUGGGGGAAAGGGCUUGCCCAGAGCCGGCAACAGCAGCAGAAUGUUGAGGAUGCAAUGAAGGAGAUGCAGAAGCCUCUGGCCCGCUAUAUCGAUGAUGAAGAUCUGGAUCGGAUGUUAAGAGAGCAAGAAAGAGAAGGGGACCCGAUGGCCAACUUCAUUAAGAAGAACAAGGCUAAGGAGAACAAGCAUAAGAAAGUGAGACCUCGCUACAGUGGGCCUGCACCUCCUCCCAAUAGAUUCAAUAUCUGGCCUGGAUACCGCUGGGAUGGAGUGGACAGAUCUAAUGGCUUUGAACAGAAGCGCUUUGCCAGACUUGCCAGCAAGAAAGCUGUGGAGGAGCUAGCCUACAAGUGGAGUGUUGAGGACAUGUAACUUCUUCAAGGCUCUGUGGUUGUGGUAGCACAGACAGCCUGACUUCAGCUCUAAUGGUUGUCUUGCUAACAGACAGACCUCAACUCGCUGUCAGUUCUGACCUUUGGACGAGGGACUAACCUUGGCUGUGUCCAUGUUGUCUAUGGCUGGCUUUGGCAGAACACAAGUGACUUCUUUAUCCCAGGGUUUGUUCCUAGCCAGUGUUUUUCUUUUUCUUUUUAAAAAUAAACACAUAUUUAUUUUUUUAA